AUGUCGUCCCCACAAAUGUUCUCAGUGCUCAUGCUGUCUCAGAAAGCGAAGGCUCCCUCCACGCUGUUUGCACCCUUAGACACGUUUUCAGAUAGGCAUAUAGGUCCUGACGACGAUGAAGCUGCAUCUAUGCUCUCCAAAUUGGGCUAUGCGUCCAUGGAUGCUUUCCUUGCAGAUACAGUCCCUCACAAGAUCCGAGUUGCAGAGUCAUCCAUAAGUGAUGCGUCCAUUCCUGCGUGGAGUGAGUCGGAGCUGCAUGCAAGAGCAAAAGAACUUGGCCGUCUCAAUAAACCGCUCAAGAGCUACAUUGGAAUGGGAUACCAUAAUGCUGUAGUACCCCCUGUUAUUUUACGGAACGUAAUGGAAAAUCCAGCUUGGUAUACGCCCUAUACCCCAUACCAACCUGAAAUAGCCCAAGGUCGCCUCGAGUCUCUGGUCAACUUUCAAACCAUGAUUACAUCUUUGACUGCUAUGGAUAUUGCCAAUGCCUCUCUUCUCGACGAGGCUACUGCUGCUGCUGAAGGCAUGGUAAUGGCGUAUGUUCACUCUAAUCAGAAAAAGAAAACGUUCCUGGUUGACAGCGGUGUCCUUCCCCAAACGGUCUCCGUUCUCAAAACGCGUGCCAAGGGUUUUGGUAUUCGGCUUGUUAUUUCCGACGUUAACGCGGCUUUGACCGACGAAGCUCUUCGUGCUGAUCUUUCUGGUGUUCUGGUACAAUACCCAGACGUUAACGGUCAAAUCAAGGACUUCAGUGCCCUUGCUGACUCGGUACAUGCUGCUAAUGCCCUGGUUGUAUGCGCGACGGAUCUUCUUGCACUUACCAUGCUCAAGCCUCCGGGUGAAUGGGGUGCUGAUAUCGUCCUUGGAAAUUCUGCGCGUUUCGGUGUUCCUGCCGGUUACGGUGGACCACACGGUGCUUUCUUUGCAGUGACGGACAAACUUAAGCGCAAGAUGCCUGGAAGGCUGAUUGGUCGUAGCCGUGAUACCAUGGGUAACCCCGCAUAUAGGCUGGCCUUACAGACUCGGGAACAACAUAUUCGUCGUGAAAAGGCGACGAGCAACAUCUGCACGUCACAAGCGCUUCUUGCAAAUAUGGCUGCCAUGUAUGCUGUCUACCAUGGUCCUGGCGGACUGCGCCGAGUCGCGAACAAGGUGCAUGGCUAUACACAGGUGCUCAAGACCGCUGUGGAACGACUUGGAUAUAAGGCCACGAAUGACUCGUUCUUUGACACGCUCACUAUCGAUGUCUCUGUAGCUGCUAAGGACGCAGAUUCGGUACAUGCUGCUGCUGUUGCUGCAGGUAUUAACCUUCGCCGAGUAGAUGAUCGUCAUGUUGGUCUAACUCUAGACGAGAGUGUCAGCCCAAGAGACCUCAUUGCUCUCAUCAACGUCUUUGCUCCAGCAGCUUCCGCACCGUCGGCCUCCCUAUCUGAUUUCCCUGUUCCUGAAGUACCAUCAAUUCCUCUCGAACUGCAGCGCACGUCUGAGUUCCUCCCACACCCCGUGUUCAACAAGCACCAUUCUGAGACAGAAAUGCUGCGUUACAUCUUCCAUCUGUCGUCGCGCGAUCUUGGGCUCGUACAUGCGAUGAUCCCCCUUGGAAGCUGCACGAUGAAGCUUAACAGCACGAGUAGCAUGAUCCCACUCACCUGGCCCGAGUUCGGCGCUGUGCAUCCGUUCGCACCUGUUGAUCAAGUGCAAGGUUACCAACAUAUCAUUCAGGAACUUGAAUCAGACCUUUGCAAGAUUACCGGUUUCCAUGCUUGCUCUGUCCAGCCUAACUCUGGAGCGGCAGGCGAAUAUACCGGGUUAACGGUCAUCAAAGCAUACCAUGAAUCGCGCGGUGAAGGCCAUCGCGAUGUCUGCCUGAUUCCACUUAGCGCCCACGGUACAAAUCCCGCUUCUGCCAUGAUGGCUGGUUUGAAAGUCGUGCCUGUCAAGACACAUGCAGAUGGUAACCUUGAUUUGGAAGAUCUCAAGGCGAAGGCUGAGAAACAUAAGGAUAACCUAGCCGCAUUCAUGAUUACCUAUCCUUCCACGUUUGGUGUUUUCGAGGAUGGUGUAACAGAUGCCUGCAAAACUAUCCACGACUUUGGUGGGCAAGUUUAUUUAGAUGGAGCCAACCUCAACGCCCAGAUUGGUUUGACGAACCCUGCCACUUGUGGAGGCGACGUAUGCCACAUGAACUUACACAAGACCUUUGCUAUUCCACACGGAGGUGGUGGUCCAGGAGUUGGACCGAUCUGUGUUGCUGAACAUCUUACCCCCUUCCUUCCCACUCACCCUAUCGUAGCAACGGGCGGUGACAAAGCUAUUGAUGCUGUCUCAGCCGCUCCAUUUGGCAGCGCAUCUAUCUUGUUGAUUUCGUGGGCUUACAUCAAAAUGCUUGGCGGAGAGGGCCUUUCCGAGUCCACGAACAUCGCUUUGUUGAACGCGAACUACAUGGCGCACCGCCUUUCCAGCCACUACAACCUCAGGUUCAAGAACAACAACGGACGGGUAGCACAUGAGCUGCUGAUCGACCUUGCAGAGUUUGAUAAGGCUGCAGGGCUGAAAGUCACGGACUUUGCGAAGAGGCUGCAGGACUAUGGAUUCCACCCUCCUACUUGCUCGUGGCCGAUUUCAACGUGUAUGUUGAUCGAGCCCACGGAAUCGGAGACGCUGGAGGAGAUCGACAGGUUCUGCGAUGCUAUGAUCCAGAUCCGCCAAGAAGCAGAGGAUAUCAUCACUGGCAAGCAGCCCAAAGAGAACAACCUGCUUAAGAAUGCUCCUCACCCCAUGGCUGCGAUUGUCUUGUCUGAUAAGGAAUGGGAUCGUCCCUACUCCCGUGAGGCUGCUGCCUACCCUAUGCCAUGGCUCCGUGAAAGGAAGUUCUGGCCGACAGUAUCUCGCAUAGAUGAUGCCUAUGGUGACCUUAACUUAAUUUGCGACUGUCCAUCUGUUGAAGAGAGCGCUCAUUCAUAAGCUGGCUUUUCUACCUAUUUUCCACAUAGACUUAUAGACUUUUCACUUCUGCAUUUUGGGCGUCGGGUUGCUAUUCCUCUAGAACUCUUUCAUCUUGCGCAUUGCUCAACCAUGCGCUUAUGUACUUUAAACAAUUAUUAGUGUAUUGAUCAUCCAUCGUUUGUCCUAUAUUACACCACCUAUCCAGAACGCAAGGAUUCUGGAAGCGUCGCCCACAACUCUGGUAAAUAUCGCUCAAUCCGUGAUCUCACUUCAUCCGCCUGGUUAGUCCGAGAU